AUGAGAGUUUACCCUUUGUCCGUUGUCCAAGUUGUGAAGCCGCCAAGGCCAGCCCUGCCGGGAUCGCAACGGCAGGUGUCGCGUGAUCGUGGCUAUGGGACUUUGGAAGACAGUGCUGUGACCGUGCAAAUCCGUGGAUCCCGGGAGGCUGUCGGGGAUAGCGCCACCACCUUGGCCUCACGACAGGGCAUUGGCACCUCUACGUCCCUGGACGCCUGGCUUCCGCACGCGGGAUCGGGAGACUUGACUGCGCAGAUGCGACGUACGCGAUCCUUGCCCGCCUCAGCGUUGGUCCAGGGCGCACAAGGAACCACAGCGGCCACGGAAAGAAGUAGCAGAUCUCGGGCGCCUCAAUUGGUACUGGACUUCGGUCCCAGUGGCAGCUCGGAGGACGACCGGGCGCGCACCGCCCAGCUGCGACCUCAACUGCUGCAACCUGUGCCACGAGAAGAGGCGCCCACGCUGCCGUCGCAGGGCAGCUGUCUGCAGUGCGGCGAUGUCUUCAUGGGCGAUGCCAACUUCUGCCGGAAGUGUGGAAGGCCUCGCGAGGUGCCCCAGUCCGAUCGCUUCAACGCCGGUCGACGGAGUACAGCCGCGCUGGCCAACAUCUCCUCCGGCAGUGGGGCUGAAAUUUCGCGGAGGCGAGGAUCCUCUCAGCGACAUUCAUUGCCAAAUGCUCCGUCAGCCAGCGAGGAUGAGAUGACGCUGGAUCCUGAAGUGCUGAAGGUGAGCUCUCGCAAGAAGAGCGCCAGCAGGAGCUCCUCCAAGCGACUCAUCGAGGCCAGUAGUGAAGAAAAGCGGCGGAUCUCCGAUGAGGCGGCACUUGAGAAACUCCAGCUGAAGGCGAAGUCCGCUGAGGCGGCAUUGGUGGAGGCAGAGGCCCGGCUGAGCCAAGCCUUGGCGGAGAGCAAAGCCAUGAAAAGCGCCAAAGAGGCGGCAGAGGCACAAGCCCUGUCCAGCAUGGCGGAACUUCAUGUCUUGAACGACGCCAAGGGACAGGCUGAGGCUCAACGUGCCCUGGCCUUGACACAAGCACGCGCCUCCUUGGAAGCCAAAGAAGCAGCCGAGGCAUCUGUGGCAGUUGCCCUCGCAGAAGCGAAGGCUGCGCUGAAGAGGAAGGAGGAAGCGGAGGCUCAGGCAGCUAAUGCUCAGGAGGAGGCCAGCGUUUUGGCACAGGCCAAGGAGGAAGCAGAGGCGGAGCUGCAAGCGGCCUUGGCGGAGGCCCAGGCCGAGUCCCAGGCGGCCAAGGAGGCGGAGCAGCGGCGCCAGACGCUGCAGGAGGCCUUGGCGGAGGCCAAGGAGACGCGGGAGGCGGCCGAGGCGCGUGCCUCCUCGGUGGCGCAGCAGGCCGAAGUGGCCGUGCAUGCACGGCAGGCGGCUGAGGUGCAGCACGUGGGAGAGGUUGAUGAUGUGUCGCAUGUGGUCGAGCUGUGUUCUGGUCUUGGUGCUUUUUCCAGCGUUGCCCCCCGUGUCAAGUUGGUUGAUGUUGUAGGGAUUGAUGAAAACCCAGUAUGGAGUGCUUUGUACAGUAAGCUGCAUGGUCCCACGGCCAAGUUCAUCCAUGGAGACAUCAAUUCCACAAGCACCUUGAAGCAAUUAGCGGAAGCUGGAUUUUUUCAUUGUGUCGCCCUCGCAGGGGUGCAUUGCCAAGCGUUCAGUCGCAUGGGAGACCAAAAAGGCAUGCAAGAUGUCAGGUCCACGUCUUUGCCCAAAGCCUUGUCUACAUGUUGGUUGUUGCAAGCGGUGGUGAUAGCCAUUGAAUGUGUUCCAGGGGUUAUGCAAGAUGCCGGCUUUCAAGGUGCCCUUCGGCAUUUCACCAGUUUGACGGGUUACAAGUUGAGCCAAGUUGUCCUCAGUCUUCAAGACAGUUGGUGUAGUCGUAGAGAUAGAUGGUUUGGGGUUUUGGUGGCGCCGAUCAUGUCUCCGCUGCAGAUACCACCAAUGCCCAAGAUUGGCUUGUGUGACCGCAUCCGUGAUCUCUUUGCUGUCUGUCCGUCUUUGUCGCCAGAAGAUUUGCAGCAGGUGGCCUUGAACCUGUAUGAACUCAGCAAAUAUCAUGCAUAUGCAGCGGGCGGGGUCAGUAGACAGUAUGUUGACCUGGAAGCCAAGGCAGCCACCUUGCUUCACUCUGUCGGCAACCAGAUGUAUCACUGUGCUUGUGGGUGUCGGCCGCCCCUGAGUGAGGAGCGUCUCAAGACCCGAGGUUUGGUAGGCACCCUGAUUCCAUUGGGGACAUUCCAACUGCAUUGCAACGUGCAGAUGGAGCACUGCAGAUACUGGCAUCCGGAUGAGAUGUGGGCGUUGUUGGGGGGAGUUCCUGGAAUCGAUUUUGGACCAAAUCUCAGAUUGUCUAUGGCCGGUCUUGGUCAGUGUGUUGCACCUCUCAUGGCAGUCUGGGUUCUUGCACAUGUCCGUCAGCAUUUGGAUGUUUUCCUAGGUCUGCCUGCUGUUCAGCCUUCCGAAGUUUUGCAGCAAUAUGCCCAGGAAGUUCAAGAGGUCUGUCGUGGUAAAUGGCCAGUGUCGGUGUCCCCAGAAGCAGUGUCCACAACGGUCCCACUGUCUGAUGUCCACAUGUCACCUGCUGUUGAAGAGGACGCAGUUGCGCCCACAAUGCCUGACCAGUCCUCCACUGUUUCCAGGUCCCCGGUUUCGGAGGUUGGAGUUGACUGGAAUGUGUACCCAGUUUCUACGGUGAAUGCCCUGCUGCAGGAACGACAGCAGACUAUCAGCAAGGAGGACAGAGAACAGGUUUUGGGGCGUCAAGGGCCCAUUUGGGGCGAUGAUGAACUUUUGGCAGGGCUGAAUUAUGUGGCACUCAACACUGGCCCUGAUCAGUUUGUUCAUGUGUGGGAUCCACUUUUGCUUUCGGGUUUGGUGGUGGACAGUCAUAGCAAGACAUGGUCUGAGUUGAUUGGGAAGUUGGGGGCGGUAGCUACGGUGAUCUCUGCAGUAGCAGUGGACAACCACUGGUAUCCUGUCCUGUGGCGGUUGGAUUCCGAGAGCACGAAGCUUUUCACCUGUGGGGUGCCAGAUUCUCAGCAUGCAGCUUUCAACUUUUUGAGCAGUAUUGUAGGAGUGCACAGAACUGGAGCCCACCAACCAUGGAAGAACACGGCCUUGUCUUUUGUCCCUACGGGUCACUGUGGAGCCUUGGUUCUCAGUUUUGUGCGUCACUUGCUGUGGGGUUCUGACUUGGUGGUGUCACAGGAACAGUUGGAAUGUGCAGCAGGUACUUUCCGUGUGCUUUUUGUGGCUGGUUUGUCCUCCCCUUGUCACCGACCUCGAUUGGCAGCACUUGGACUUGAACCCCUUGGACUUUUAGGGGACAUGCUGCAGAAACACGGGGUUGCACAUGAUGAAGUGACCGCCAGAGUUGAUUUGAUCAGGCGGGAAUUGGGGGAUGAGAUCAUUGCCAAAGUUGUUCAAACUGGGAAUCCUUGGCAGGAGUUGAAAUGGCAUGCCAAUCAGAAGCGGCCUCCCCUUGUUUUGAUUCGUCCCUCGGAACUCCAGAAAACCAUUGCCCAGCGGGCAGACAAGCAGAUUGGCUCCAAGCGCCACAAGCAAUCUAAAGGGAAGGGCAAAGGGAAGCCAGGGGGUGUCCAUGUUGCACUGACUGGCCUGUCAGUUGGGGUUUCGGGGGUUGUCCUCACUACCAUGACUGUUGCCAAACCUUACCUGCAAGCAGGCAAGACCUUGUCCACAGGUGCUUUGGGUUUUUUGCUUUUGGAUGGAAGCCCGGCAAUGGUGUCAGGUUUUGCAGCCGAGGCAGUGCGUGUGCCUUUGGUGUGUGCCGCCAAUUCAGAGCCGUUGCUUGUUGAUGCGUGUCUUGUCCAAAUGGGGGCGGUUGUGGUCGAAAGAGUUCCAGCACAAGUGGACUUUGCAGUCAAGUCGGUCCCCACAUGCGUCGUGAAGGCCAUGAUUUAUCGUGACCUCACCCAGGUUGAUUGGCAGGAAGUUGUGGCGCAUCCUUUGCGGCACAUUUUUGACCUGGUCCCGCCACUGCAGGUUUGUCCUGAUGCUGAGUGUCUGGGUUGUGAAAGUUGGCACUCAUCGCCUCAGUACCCCAUCGAUGGACCUGUAGUUGAAGUUUGGAGCAAGCAGUGGUUGAAGCUGAACUUUGUGGCAUGCGCCCCAACUCAUGCUGAGGUUUUUGUGGUCAACAUGCGCAUUCCAGAGGUGCUUCAACACAUUGUGCAGGAGUUUAGUGGUUUUGCAGGGAUCUUCCUUGAACCCAAAAGUGUUGAUGGCCGACGUCCAAGUGAGCUGUACCAGGUCAUCUGGUUUCCCAAAGCCGCACUUGAGCAAUUGACAGUUCAGCGCCAAACCAUCCCAGAGGUGUGCGGGCUUGCCAGGUUGGGUCAUAAGCUUGGACUGAGGUGCCGCACGGAACAUGCUGCAGCUGUUUUUGCCAAGACAAAGCCGGGUAUGACCUAUUUGCCUGCUGGCAAGAAACAAGCCUGGUUGGUAGGUCCAUUUCCGUGGGGAACCCUUAUGUCCUCAGUAGCCACGGCCUUGAAAGAAUGUGGAUGGGUUGCCAGACCGGUACAGCCUGUCACUGCUGGUCUGCAUGUUGAAGGGUUGCUCUACAAGGUUCAGUCGGUAGAAGAGCCACCCACCAAGGUUUUUCGCAUGGCACAUGGUGAUGUUUUGGUCACUCAGGAUGCACAGCCAGAAGAAGCAGCGCAGCCAGCGCCUAGGGUAGUCGCAACCACCACCACCAAGGCGAUUGUGUCUAGGGAUGGAGUGGAUGAACUGCAACUCAACGACCCUUGGGCCAAAGGCCCACAGAAGCCGGUCAAGCAGCUGCAAAAUUUUGUGAUUGGUAGUCCCAUGGAAGACCUUGAGAGCAGAGUGGUGCAGGAAGUGUUGGCGCAGUUGCCCAAACCGACCAUGGAGGUGGAUUCAGAUGGGGCGACCCAAGACCGUGUAAAGCAGCUUGAGCAACAGGUGUCGGAGUUGCAUGCUCACACAAGCCAGCUGAAGCAGGUGGUGCAGCAAACAGCCAGUGACCAGUCAGCGCAGAUCCAAGAGCUGCAGGGGCAGUUAAACCACCAGGGAGCUCACUUUGAGCAAGCCAUUGCCGCACAAGCGGCCCAGCUGCACACGUUUCAGGAAUCUUUCCAUGAGCAGUUCAAACAACAGGUGGGCCUCGGCCGUUGUGUUUCAGCCAAGGGUUUCAGUCGGUUUGGUUCUGUGCGUUGGUUGUGGUUUUUUGGUUUCCUUUGUAUGCUGCGAGUUGGAGAAGCAGCCCAUCCAGGGCCUGAAGCAGGGCAGAAUGCAUGGGCUUUGCCGCAUAGUUUUGACGAAGAGCUGUAUGCCACAGCCAGGUUGCAAGUUGCCGGAGGUCCCCGCAUCAUCGCGGGGGAUUUCAACUAUGCUUCAGAAGAGCUGAGCCAACUGCAAAGACUUCAUGAUUUGGGUUUCCGUGAGGUGCAGGAUUGUGCGGCUUUUCAAUGGGGGCAAAGUGUUUCCAGAACCAGCCGAGGCUCCAAGCGCAUUGAUCACAUGUGGAUUUCUCCGGAGUUGCAAUUUCAAUUGCUUGGGGUCGAGGUGCAAUUUGACCAUUGGGCCGAUCAUGCGGCUGUUGUUGCAAAGUUCAGAAACUGGGGUACCGGCAUGGUUAGUGAUGAAUGGUACAUGCCUGCUGCGUUUGCAUGGCCUGCAGAAUGGACGUGCCAAGUCCAGUGGGAUGCCAGCCAAGACACCACGGUUGCUUAUGCUCACUUGUGGAGCCAACUGGAGACCCAAGCCAGCAGUUGGCAAGCCUUGCAUGGAGUCCGCAUCAGACCUUUGCAGUGUGGGAGGGCCCAAACCUUGGAGUCAAAGAAGCAAGUCCACCGCUUAGCACCGUGUAGGAAAGGCAGGGUUGGUGAAGUCCAGCCGAGCUUCAUGGGGGUGAGUCUUCAGCAUGCUAGGUAUUUCAAACAGCUUCGCCGCCUGCAAGCUUUGAAGCAGCAGCUUUCCUGUGAGGCCGCCAGUUGGAAUGCCAAUGAGAACAGACAUGCGACUUGGAGAGCUAUACGCAACGCAGUUGGUUUCCCGGAGGGUUUUGGAAUUUGGUGGCAUAAACAUGACCUGUCACCAGUUUUGCCGGAGGUGUUGCCGGUUCUGUGUCCAUCGGCGGAAGUGGUCCAGAAGAUGUUUGAGAUUUUUCAAAAGUUUGUAGGCACGUAUGAGGGACAGCUUGCUCAAACACGCUACAGACUUGCCAAGCAGAGGCGAGCAGAGAAUCUCAACUAUGUUUUCCAAGACUGCAAAGCAGAGCCGUUGCCACAGGCAGAUACUUUGCUGGACCAGGUGGAGGUUGGCAUUGAAGAGGUGCGGGAGGAGGAUUCCUCUAUUGUCCUUGUUUCCCCUGUCCAGUUGCUUCCAGAUGUGCCAGUGGUCGCAGGUGGGAAGGUGCUUGAGGUUGUGCAUGCGGAACAUGAUCAACUAUGGGUUGAAGAUGUUACCGGAGUUGGACCUGGUAUGUUUGUCUCCCAGCAGCGGGCCAUCAUGGAUGAUCAGGCCAUCCUGGCCAGAUUCAGAGACACAUGGAAACCUAGGUGGAAUAAGAUGUCACAUGUAGCAGAUGGCCAAUGGGAACAAAUUUUUGCUUUUGCACGUCGGCACUUUCAGCCAAUCCAAUGGGUGGUUGCGCCUUGGACCACCGAGCGCUUUGCUGCAGCAGUGAAACGAAAGAAACCCAAAGCCGCCAAAGGGCCGGAUGGGGUGUCGCAAUUGGACUUGGCGGCACUCCCGGCACAGUCACACUCAGCUUUUGUCGCCUUGUUUCAAGCCAUGGAAGCAGGGCAGCCUUGGCCUCAGCAGUUAGCUACUGGUUUUGUAACAAGUCUUGCCAAAGUUGAAACAGCACAGCAGGUGGACUCUUUUCGACCGGUUACUGUGUACAGUUUACUGUAUCGCAUUUGGUCUUCAGAACGUGCCCGAGAGGCCCUGCAGAACAUCACACGAGUUGUUCCAAGUAGUGUCCAAGGUGGGGUCCCUGGACGACAAGCCAAGGUGAUUUGGUACACGGAAGCCCAGGCAUUGGAGUUGGCGCAUUUGCAUGAUAGUGAACUGAAUGGACUUCAGAUGGAUAUCCAAAAAUGUUUUAAUGCGAUUCCAAGAAUGCCGCCGUGGUGUGUCCUUCAUCAACUGGGUUUUCCAGAGCAUGUCUUGCGUGCAAUUUUUUCCCUCUGUGGACUUCCGGAGGGCUGUGCGCUGUCCGUUUUUGGAAUGGUUGUCAUCGACUGGUUGUUGGAUGUUUGGUUGCAGCAACUGACUCCUUCUCCAUCUCUUCAGGCCUUCAUAGAUGAUUGGAGUGUCAUGUUUGGGGAUUUUCGGGAGCUUGGACAAGUUUGGGAGUCAGUGUUGGAGUUCACCAGGUGUCUUGACCUCACUCUUGACUUGCGUAAAACCAAGUUGUGGAGUACAGCAGCAGCUGCCCGAAAGCAGUUCCGAGAGGGUGAGCUGGAAGUAGCCUUCAUAGCGAGAGUGUUGGGAGCGCACCAAAACUACACCAAGCACUCCUGGAACUCCAUUUUGCAGAAGAGACUUCAAACGUUGCCGGAUGUUUGGACCAAGCUUCGAGCCAGUUUGGCGCCCUACAAAGCCAAGCACUUGGCGGUCCGCUUGAUGGGGUGGCCUCGGGCGUUUCAUGCUUGUUCAGUGGUGCAUGUAGGAGGUGGGCACUACAAGAAGGUCAGAUCAGGAGCAAUGCGUGGCCUGCGUGUUGAGCGCAAGGGGGCCAACCCUUGCUUGCAUCUCAUCCUGUCCAACUUGCAAGGUGAUCCAGAGGCGUGGGUCAUCACUCAGACCUUCCGUGAUGCCAGAGAACUUGGGGGCUUAGAACGGGUUGAAGGGUUUUUGGCCUUGUUUUCCUCUGACCCGUCUGGACUUCCUGCCAAUGGCCCUACUGCAAUCCUGGCUGAUCGAGUUGCACGUUUGGGAUGGAAAGUUGGAGGCAAUGGGCUUGUUCAAGAUGGGCUGGGAACAUUCAGCCUUCUGCAUACCGGUUGGGAUGAGGUUUACCUGCGUAUGAGUCUGGGGUGGGGCACAGUUUUGCAAGCAGCAGUCGGUCACCGCUCUUCUUUUGAAGGGAUUGAUCAAAUGGACCUGUUUGAGUUGCACAGAGCCUUGCGCAAGUUUGGAGACCUGGAUUUGGCCUUUUUAAGGUGUCACCUUGAUGGAACGCUUUAUACUCAGAAUGGGAGGGCCAAAUUUCAAGCUGGGGUUGAUGACACAUGUCCAUGGUGUCAGCAGAAGGAUGGCUUUUAUCACCGGGCUUGGACUUGUGCCCACUUCGCCGACUGCCGUACCCAUCUCUCUGAGGAUCAGCGUGCCAUCAUUCCGUCUCUGCCUGCGUGGCUGUCGCUCCAUGGUUGGCCUGUGGUUCUCCCGGAAUGGAAGUGUUUGUCUCAAUUCCUUUUGAGUCCCACCUUUGUCUGUCAGGAGGCCGAGCUCACAGCUGUGGUGGAAGCGGUGCGUUGGGCAUUGGGUCGUAAUUUGCAGGUGCGGUUGUGGUCGGACUGUUUGGCGGUAGUACGAGGUGUACGACGUCUCCAACAUGGAAAAGCAGUGCGGAUCAAUCGAUCUCAUUCUGAUUUGUGGCUGCAACUGCAGGACCUUUUGCGCGAUGCCCCGAGUGAUGCGGUGCAGAUCAUCAAAGUCGUAUCACAUGGGGAUGUUUCCAGGGCAACGGAUCCACUUGAGGCUUGGGUGUACUGGCACAACUGCCUGGUAGACCAGGCGGCGUUGGCGGUGAAUGAGCGCAGAUCUGAUGACUUUUGGAUUGCACACAAAGGUUUGGUGGAUGCACUAUUUUUUCACCGGAAGUUGCAUGCUGCCAUUUUGCAGGUUCACUUGCUGACCGCACGAAAAGCAGUCCAGGCACCAAAACAGUGGGUUCCACGUGCUGUUCCUGAAUCACCAGCAGACGCAGCAGUGGUGGCGCCAGCAGUGUGGUACUUGCCAGAGAAAAUGUUUGCGCGGCAUGGACGUAAGAACGUUGAAGCUUUGCAUAGAUGGUGGAGUUCCAUUGGCUCAGUAGUCAUGGGUGGUCAAGGUCAGUUGACAUACGUGGCAGGACUGCAGCUGUUUUUGGAUUUCUAUCAGUGCACUUUGCACCCAGGGCCGUGGGUCUUCAAGAAGAAAUGGUAUGACGAGGAACACAAAGUUCCGGAAGGCGGUAGACUUGCUUGGGGGGGACGAGUGAAGCCAUUUUUGAUGAUGUUUCAAGUUUACAUGAAGUAUCAGAAGGUGCCUUUGUUUACCAAAAUGACUCGUCCCUCGAGCUCAGCUCUGGCGAACUGGCUGGUUUGUUACCGGCUUAGGUACCCAGUGGAAUGGCUCCGCAGGUUGGAUGAUCACAUCUUCCGCUGCGCGGGCAAGCAGCUGGCUUCAGGUGGCGACCUGGCCAAGAGCAAGGCCAGCCAGGAGGCCUUGCAACUCACCGAGCAGCGGCUGCAGCAGGCCUUGCAGCAAGCCUCAGAGGCCAAGGCCGCAGCGGAUGCCUGGGCGGCGGAAGCCUCGGAAGCGGCCAAGCGUGCCAAGGGUAAGGAAGUGGCUCACCAACGUCUGGCGGCCAGAUGUGCGGAGGCACAGCCUCGCUGGCUUGCGCAGGUGGUACGUGGUGCUGGGAUUUUGUCGUUGAGCUGGGCCUUUGGCAAGCUACUGAAGCACUGUGUGGAGCUGCGUCAUGAGCAGCGACUGGGCUUGGCAGUGGCCACCAAGGCGCAGAGCCUCCAACACGAGCAUCACUUGGUCUUGGAGUCGGUACGCUUGCAACUGGAGGAGCGCCUGCAGGAUUUGACGUCGCAGCGCGAGGAGCUGCUGGAGCAAACUGCCAAAGCUAUGGCGCGGGAACUGCAGAUGGCGUCCUCCCUGAGCCAACGCCAGCAGCUUUCAGAGGCCUUCAGCAGCUGGCGGCUGCAGCGGCAGAGGUCGCAGGCAGCCAGGCGCUUGGAGCGGCUGCUGACCAAACAUUUGCAGAGGAGACAUUUGCAACUCUGGCGGCGGCAAACGGAAGUGGACCUACUAUCCUACCUUGAGGUGCAAAUCGAUUGCUUCGAAAACUUCACCACGAAGCGCAAUGCGUUGUGCUGGCGCGUGCUGCGCCGCGCGGGGGGAUACUGGAGCUCUGAACAACAGGACCUCACCUUGUUGGCCCUGCUGGCAGCCUGGCAGCGCUGCACCCAAGAGACCCAUUGGCAGCUGCAGCGGCGACGCUGGGGGGCCAGGAAGCUGGCGGAUGUAGGCCUCCGACUCUUACGACGCCACUUGUGGGCUCCGUGGCUUUCCUGGCAGCAGGCGGAGCAGGACGCCUUGACCUCGGCCAUGAGGACCGUGGAGGAGUCCCAUGCCAGAGAGGAGGCGCAGUCCUUGAAGCGCGAGUUGGAGGAGCUGCGGUUUCAGGCUCUGUCACAGCGAGACACCUUCGCGGCAGAGUUUUCAGCAGUGCAGAAUGAGAAGAUGCAGUUGAAAGAAUCCAGCGAGUCCACUGCGGUCGCCUCGGCGCACCGCAGCUGGCGCUUCCUCUCCGCGCAGCUCCGCGGCAGCGCGCUGCGCGCGCUGCUGCAGGGCCUGCGGCAGCAGCCGGGGGAACGACGCCGCUGCGAGGCCUUAGAGUCCUCUUGGCGUUGCCUCGUGUCCAUGUUGCUGGCCGAGCACCCUUGGCGCCUGCGAAGUGACGCCACGAUCUUGGCGGUCGAAAAGCUGCAUCUGCGGCGGCAGCAGUCCAUCGAAGUGCUGCGACAACGCCGUCCCCUGGUGCGGCUGGCAGCCUUUGGCUCGGCGCUGCGGCAGCGCGAGCGGAAGCGCUUCUGUGGGGAGGUGGAGAAAUGCUUGCGUGACGUGUCCCGCGCCCAGUGCGUCCUGCAGCGCUGCAGCGCGACGCUGCUGCGCUUGGCCCAGCGCUGGGCGCUGCGGCGGCUGCAGCAGGCCACGCAGUCGGAGCUGCGGGACGCGCGACGCGUGGAACGUUGGGAGGCCAUGCUGCAGUCCUGGUCUGAAAAAUCCGCGCUGGCCAACGCCAAAGAGGCGCAAAAAGCCACGGCAGCCCAGUUCUUGGUUCACAUGCUGGUGGCGCAAGAGAGGCAGUGUUGCCUUGUAGCCGUGCAGCGUUGGCGUUCCUCUGCCGUGAUCCACAGCGUUCAGGUGGCGGCGGACCGGAGGGUGGCUGCACACUGCGAAUCGAAGCGGCAGCUCCGCUUGCAGCAGGGCUUGUCUAUCCUCAGCGGUGUCGUGCAACGCCGCUUGCAGCUCGCGCUUUCGCAGGCGAUGCUGGGGCAAUGGCGCGUUCUUCGUUGGCAACAAAUGGUUGGAUCCUUGGACGCGUCCCUGGCGCGCGAUCAUCGCCGGAUGAUGGAGGAGACGGACUUGCUUCGAAGUCAGCUGGUUCAGAGCCAGGAUGAGGCCUUGGCGCUGCGCACCUCGCAGGCGCAGGAGGCGCAGGAGGCGUUGCAGAUGAAGCUGCAGGCAGAGGCCAACCUGGAAAUCUUGAGGAAUGAUUGUGCUGCACAGGCCUCGCGACUUCUGGACUUGGAAGAUGCCCAAGUCUCCAAAGAUCAGUUGGUGGAGCGGCUCAAGCACCGCUGCCACCAGGCCAAGGUGAAACGAGAAAGCUUCCACCACUACCAGGCCAAAGAUCUUCAUCGCCAGGUCAUUUUCCACGCCUGGUUGUCGGUCUCGCGGCAAGACUUGGCCUUGGAGGCCAAGAAAAACGCGGGCGCUCAUAUGGCGCUCCAGAUUUUGGCAGCGCUUGCGAGGCACCGUCUAGGUGAUGCACUUCAGUGCUGGCGUGGCAAGGCAAUGGCUCGCGCCGUGGAGGUGGCGUCCCAAAGGAGCCUGGCAGAACAGUAUGAAGUGCAACGCGAAGUGCGAGUGCAACAUGGAGCGUCGAUCCUUGACCAGCUCAUGAGACGGCGCCUCCAGCAGGCCCUGCUUGGACAUUGGCGCGUCCUGCGUUGGCAACACAUGGUUCGAAGUCUCGACAGCUCCUUUGCCCGUGACCAGCGCCGCAUGUUGGCAGAAACCGAUUCCUUGCGAUCGCAGCUGGUUCAAAGCCACGAUGAGGCCCUGGAGCUGCGCGCCCUGAAAGCCUCGGAGGCCAACAAGGCGCUGCGCACGCAGCAGGAGGCCGAGGCCAUCGUUGAAGCCGUGAAGAAGGAGCGUGCCAACCAGGCGGCAAAGUUACAAGACAUGGAGGCCUCGAAAAAUGCCAUGGAGCAGCUCUGUUCCAAGCUCCGUGAUCAGUUGGACCAGGCAAUGUCCGAGGUCAGUCAGCUGGACAACGAGAAGCGCAAUGCUAUGCAGCAGCUCUGCUCCCUCCAGUCCGACCUGGACGAUGCGCAACGAGUGCGGGAAGAGAUGUCCCAGGCGGAGAUGCAGCGAGAGCGAGCUUUCCAAGAGCAAGUGCAGGCGCUUCAACAACGAGCCCUGAGCCGCGAGGCGGAGCUGCAGGAUGCGGCGCAACGCUCGGAGAAGACCUUGGAGCAGAAGUUGCACGAGAAACAACGAGCCGUCGAGUUGCAAACCUCCAUCGCAGAGGACCAGGAGAAGAACAUUCGACACCUGGAAGAUCUGCUGAAGGAGCAAGGUGAAGUCCUGUCGCGGGAACGGAACGACCACCAGCGGGGGUUGAACGCGCUUCGGGCUUCUGCCUCUUUGUCUGAGAGCAAGACCUCCCUGUUGCAGGAACAGGUGGUGGCCUUACGACAACAGCUGCAGCGUGAACACCAGGAGUUAAUGGCAAGUGAACGUGCUUGGUCCAGCGAUCGUGCCGCGCUGCUGUCGGCAGUGACGAAUCAUCCCAUCGCACCGGAGAAGUUUCCGGGCGCGGCAAAGCGCAGUUCCAGUGCAAAAGCGCGGAAGGUUUCGCCGACGCCCAAAGGAAGCACUCGAUGCCCUUGGCACGGAGCGCAUGGCUCCAAAAAACUGGCGCCCGCCUUGAUGUGAGGUCGGUAUGGCCUGUGAAGCUGCGCGGGAUCCGAUGUCCGACGUGCUUGCGAUGAGGGACCCUGCUUUAUAAAAAAGACCCCAGAAUCCCAUUU